AUGGAAAUUCCUAGAUCAAAACCACUUACUCUUAUAUCUAUGCAAAAUUAAUAAGAAGGUUGGCUCAAUUAAACAACUUCUUAAGAAAUAGAUUAUUUUGAAUAUGGAUAAUAAAAUGACAAUGAUUCAGAUGAAGGUCAUAAAAUAUAUAAUAGAUAACUAUCUUAUUUGGAAAAACAAUCACUUUUAUAGAAAACUAAUUUUUCAGACGUAAUCAAAUUAGUUUAUAUCCAAGGAAUUUAACUCCAAUAAUAUAGAAAUGAAAUUGCUACAUCGUUGUGGAGGCUUAUUAGCUAGACAAUGUAAUAUUUAAAUUGAGACAUAAUCUAAUUAAUGGAUUACUAAAAUUUUUAAAGAUGUGUAUUUGAUAGUAUAAGACAGAGAAUUUGAAUCCAAAUUUAAAUCUUAAAUACUUAACUCUUCCAUUGUUGAUUCAAUAAACAAAAGAAUCAAAUCCAAUUCUAUUUUAUUAGCUCAUGAUCCCACUGGUUCAAUUUUACUAAAGUUGGCUAGUCAUACUAGAACUAUAUAUUAUUUAGAAUCUGAUAAGACCUAUAUUGAUUUAAUAGAUAGAGGAAUUUAUAAGAUGAAUGUAAAUGUUUAAAAAGUCUUAAAGAUGGAUUUGUAAAAUAAAAUUGAUGUUGUAGUUGUUAAUCUAUAUUUUAUUGAUUCCAAAAAUAAUCUAAGAAAUAUAAUGCAUGAAUAUCUUUAAUAUGCUCAUGAUAUUAUUAUCAUUUUACAGCCAAAUAUUGAUAAUUCUCUUAUUUAUUCUUAAGCAGAAUAAGCAAUUUCGCUUUCAGAAUAAUCCAAAUAAACUUGUAGCAUAGAAUUAUAAAAUAUUCUUGAAAAUAAUAAUUGUAUUGCUAAAAUUCUUUAUUUUGGUGGUGUUACUGAAGUAUUUAAUAAAUUAGUUAUUUUAGAUUACUUUAAAUGAUGAACUAAACUUUGUUUAUUCUUGUCUAGAUUCAUCAGUCAAGAAGUUGUACAAUUAUAAAUUAAUGUUUAAAGAUCUCAGAAACCAAAUGGGAAUGACAAAAUUAAUUAAAUUACUCAAUGAUUUUCAGAUAAUCUAAGGAAUAGGGUAGUUUAUUGAGUUUUCCACUAAUAUUAAUGGAUAUUAGGAUAAAUAUAGAUUAAUUAAUAAUCAAACUCAAGAUUUCGAGAAUGAAAAUAAAAACCAAAAAGAUGAGUUAAUUGAAAAAUAGUCUUCGUCUUCUUCAACAGAAUCAGAACCAGAGGAGGAUCAAAAUUAAGAAAGACUUGAUUUUAGAAGUGAAACUUUAAAUUAAUCAACAAACUCCAUUUAAUAACAUCCUGUCUUACGUCAUGCCAAUUCUUAACCAUUUGCUAUAUGA